AGCACCAGCUGCUGCUGAGUCAGUCCCGGAACAUCUCCAUCCAGCAGAUACGAGGCCACAUUUUUUGGCUCCCUCGCAAGGUUGUGGGGAGGACAAAUUCAUCCAAAUUCAUGGCAGCCCUUUGAUUAUCUCCAGGCUAAACCAUGACGAGGCAGAACAAGCGUGGUGAUCGCCAGUAAUGAGGCAAAAUGCAAAUUCCAGGAGACACCUAUGGCUAAAAAAUAUGGGUUUGGAUGGAUAAACAGGGAAGCUGGAAUGGUCAAUGGCUGUCUCACUUCCAGGAGGAAGGAUGGCCGGGAGUAUAAAAGGGCUCCGGGCCCAGCUCGCUUCAUUCGCCCGUCUUCUCCUCCCUUCAGCUCUCCUCACUCUUCAGCAGGCUCCCACCACCCCCAAGAUGCCCAACGGAUGCUGCGGAUCCAGCGGUGGGAAUAACUACACCGUGUGCUGCUACAGCAGCCCCCGCUGCUGCAAGACCCCCAUGUGCUGCAGCCCCAUGCAGUGCUGCAGCCCCUGCUGCAUGCCCAUGCAGUCCUGCUGCAUGUCCAUGCCCUGCUGCUACACCAUCCGCAGCAACAACAACAGCAGCUGCUGCGGCGGCUGCUGCGGCAGCAACUGAGCUCGCCUGGCGGUCCCUGCCUCGGACACGGACGUGGACGUGGAUGUGGACGUGGAUCCCAGCCCAAACGCUCUUCCCGCUGUGCUUGGACGCUGAGAACUUCUCUUUUUGCUGCCUUUAGUGCCCAGGUGCUUGGCUGCGCCCCGGAGCCGCUGCCCAGCGAGUUUCUGGCGCUGCUUUUCCUUCCCCUCUUGGUGAUGGGAUGCUCAGUGCUGUCUCCUUGUCCCUUCUCUUUCUUUAAUCCCCAAUUAGCCAUGAAAGCCAAUAAAAUUUGUAACUUCUGAUCCUGCAAA